AUGGCGACAAACGAUGGAAUUCAAACAUUUGCUGAAACAGUAGUUUCAAAAAUAACGAAUGAGGUUGAUGAUCAACAAUCUGAUGCAAUACGACAAUAUUUAUCAAAGAAAACAGCAUGGAUCAGUCCAAAUGAAGAACAGUUCGAUGCACUUGUUAAUUUAUUAAAAAAACGUCUUGAUGAAGGUCACGGUGAAAUAAUUCUUGAAAUAGGAACAGGAGUAACUGAUGCUGAAUCUCCUGGUUUACUUAUUGAUGAAAUGGAAGCAUCAGUUGCUACACUUAAAAGUAUGCAAGCUGUACUUGAUUCUGAAGUUCAACUAUUACGUGAAAAAUCAGUUUCAAAUAAUACACGUUAUAUAAAUGAAUAUCUUAUUCGAAGACAUAUUGAUCAAGAAGAUUUUAUGGAAGUGAGAGUGGCGGUAACUGGUAAUGUCGAUGCUGGUAAAUCAACACUUCUUGGUGUUUUAACACAUGGAUUACUUGAUGAUGGUCGUGGUAUUGCACGACAAAAACUUUUUCGACAUAAACAUGAAAUGGAAACUGGUCGAACAUCAUCUGUUGGAAAUGAUAUCUUAGGUUUUGAUGUUCAAGGUGCGAUUGUUAAUAGACCGGAUACUCAUGGUAAUCAAGCACUUGAUUGGACUGAUAUUUGUCAAAGAUCUGCAAAAGUUGUAACAUUUAUUGAUUUAGCUGGACAUGAAAAAUAUCUAAAAACAACUGUAUUUGGUAUGACAGGUCAUGCUCCUGAUUAUGCAAUGUUAAUGGUUGGUGCCAAUGCUGGUGUGAUCGGUAUGACAAAAGAACAUCUGGGAUUAGCUCUUGCACUUGGUGUACCUGUUUUUGUUGUUGUUACGAAAAUUGAUAUGGCACCAGCAAAUGUUUUACAAGAAACGAUGAGACUAUUACAAAGAAUUCUUCGUUCACCCGGUGUUCGAAAAAUUCCAUUAUUAGUACAAAAUAAUGAUGAUGUUAUAACUUGUGCAAAGAAUUUUGCCGGUGAACGAUUAUGUCCAAUUUUUCAAGUAUCAAAUGUUACUGGUGAAAAUUUAGAUUUAUUAAAAAAAUUUUUAAAUCUCUUAACAACUCGAAUGGAAACUUGUAUUGAUGAACCAGCUGAAUUUCAAAUAGAUGAUCUUUAUGCAGUACCUGGUGUUGGAACUGUUGUUAGUGGUACAACAUUAAAAGGUAUUAUUAAACUUGGUGAUAAUUUACAAUUAGGACCUGAUCCACUUGGACAAUUUAAAACAGUACAAAUUCGAAGUAUUCAUCGAAAACGAAUGCCUGUUAGAGAAUGUAAAGGUGGACAAACAUCAUCAUUUGCAUUGAGAAAAAUCAGAAAAUCUGAACUUCGUAAAGGUAUGGUUUUACUUUCACCGGCUAUUCCAGCUAUUGCUUAUUGGGAGUUUGAGGCUGAUCUACUUAUAUUACAUCAUCCAACAACGAUCAGUACUAAAUAUCAAGCAAUGGUUCAUUGUGGUAGUAUUCGUCAAACUGCAACGAUUAUAUCCAUGUCUGUUGAGCAUUUACGUACUGGUGAUCGUGCUAAUGUUCGUUUUCGUUUUAUUAAAUCACCUGAAUAUCUUCGUGUUGGAAUGAAACUUGUCUUUCGUGAAGGACGUACAAAAGCUAUUGGCAGUAUAUCACAACUCUAUCCACCUGUUGCUCCUCAACCGUCAAAUACUCGAGGAAAGACAAGAUUACAAACGACAACGACAACGACAACAACAACAACAACAGGAGCAACUGCAAACUCAAUAACAACAGAUCCAUCACAGUCAAGUAAACGUAAUGAUGUUACUGAGGAUACUAAUCGAUCAGGUAACAGACGUUCAAAACAAAUGAAAACAAUGACAGAUUCUACUAAUGAUCAAAACAUGAAUGUAGAUAAAAAUGCUACUUGA